AUGGAAGAGCAGGCUCGGUCCUUAUUGACCCAGCAGCAGAAUGCAAGAUCGCUGGGGUCUCGAGGGGAUAUGUCGCACCUGCCACUGCACGGCAUCACCGUGCUCAGCCUCGAGCAGGCCAUCGCCGCCCCCUUUGCCACAAGACAGCUCGCCGACCUCGGCGCCAGGGUCAUCAAGGUCGAGAGACCCGUCAUCGGCGACUUUGCCCGUGCCUACGACACCAGGGUCGACGGGCUCGCCUCCCACUUUGUCUGGACAAACAGGUCUAAGGAGAGCCUGGCGCUCGACCUGAAACAGCCCCGAGACCUCGACGUCGUCAAGAGGCUGCUUAAAAAGACCGACGUCCUCGUCCAGAACCUCGCCCCUGGAGCAGCCGACAGGCUCGGCCUGUCCUUUGCCAAGCUCAAGGACGAGCACCCCCGGCUCAUCGUCUGCGACAUCUCCGGCUACGGCGACAGCGGGCCCUACCGCGACAAGAAGGCGUACGACCUCCUGGUGCAGAGCGAGGCGGGCAUGCUGUCCGUCACCGGCACCGAGUCGGAGCCGGCCAAGGUGGGCAUCUCCAUUGCCGACAUUGCCUCGGCCAUGUACGCCUACACGAACAUCCUCGCCGCCCUCAUGAAGCGCGACAAGUCCGGAAAGGGGUCGAGGGUCGACAUCUCCAUGCUCGAGUCCAUGGCCGAGUGGAUGACUUUCCCCCUGUAUUACACUUACAAGGGCCAGCCGGGCCCCAAGCCCAUGGGCGCGUCUCAUGCUUCGAUUUAUCCUUACGGCCCCUUUGAGACUGGCGACGGCGGCACAGUCAUGCUGGCAGUGCAGAACGAGCGCGAGUGGGCCAACCUGUGCUCGGUCGUCCUGGAGGAUGCCGAUGUCGCUAAGGAUCCGCGCUUCAUCAGCACUUCCGCUCGGAACCAGCACCGGGACGAUGUCAAGAAGACCAUUCUUGGAAAGUUUGCAACUCUCUCGGCAGACGAGGUCCUGGCGCGGCUUGACAAGGCCGGAGUGGCCAACGCGAAGGUCCGUGACAUGGACGAAGUCUGGGGACAUGAGCAGCUCCAAGCCAGAGGCCGGUGGACCAACAUCAAUACUUCUGUCGGUGUGGUUCCGGCACUGUUGCCGCCAGGAAUAAGUAGCACAGCCGACGUCAAGUUGGAGGAAGUUCCAGAGGUAGGUCAACAUAACAAAGCAAUAUUUGCUGAGUUGGGUGUCGAGGAAUAG